AGGGAGAGACAGACAGGGAGAAAAGGGGGGAAAGACCGAUAUCAACUCUGGCUAGACAAGACUUGUUGUCUUGCGCGGGCGAAAACCGUGCACACAUACUCGCGUGCUCACGCGCGUUCCUUUUUUUUUUCUUAGCGAGUGGUGGAAAUACUAUGUAUUAUUAUUCAGAAGAUAGGGAAUUUCUUCUGUGGUACCUGUAACGAACAAGUGAGUGAGUAAAGUUUCUUCAAGGCGUUAUCUAUGAAUCAUAGUUUCUAUCAGUUAACGAGGACUGUUGUCCACUGAUUUUUCUUUUACAGUAUGUUUUUACCAAACAGUUCCGUUUUGUGUUGAGCUGUGACAAAGGUGUGGGGAUGAAGUAAUAAUUGUAUUACGUGUUGUGAGGUGUGCGUUAUAAAGGAACGAAUUAUUCCCCUUUCAGUGGAUUGUGUAAAACAGGUCGAUGACCCUUCUGUGUCGAGGGGGGAAAUCAACAAAAACCCUUUGUCCAGGAUUAUUAUAUAAUACAUCUAAAUCUACGAUUGUUCAGUGUUCAGAACCACAGAGUCCAAGGGAACAGAUCAGUGACUGUAUAAUAAUACUGUGGCGCUGGGGUUGCUUGAGUGCAGUGGACUACAAGUGACUUGUUUAUCUCCCCUGGUGUUACCAGGAAAGGCGCGUCCAGUACCCGCUGCUGUAACGACCGAUGCCGACAGUGGCCCGUGGUCAUUCAGAAAGAGGAAUAACAGGAUCUACACCUCAUUGUGGAAUACUUAUCAAGCUGCGCUGGAUAGUAGAUGUUUGAAUCCUCUUUCCAGCUUAGAAACUACUGGAUGAUUACUAUUUAUAAUCCACAAUGGAUGUUCCAGAAUUGUUUUCUGAAAGGAAGAUAAAGUAAUAAGACGUUCACCUCUUUGUUUUGAAAAGAGAAUAGUUUUGCCUAAUACAGUUUUCUUCUAAUGGAUGAAAUGUACUGUUUCUGUUCCCUCGGACAGUCUUGAAAGAAUUAACUCUUUAUGUAUUAUAUGUAAAUGCAUAGGCGAGGGUGCGGUUUUAGUUGAUAUGUUUUGUAUGAGGAGAGAUAAGAAAUUUUGAGUCACUUGGAGACUGGUGAAGUGUGUGAGCGUAACAUGGAGGAAGGAACCCCACAGAAGUGCGCCAAAGACUCUGACAAUGAGCCUGGUGUUCACAAUAGCCAUAGCAACAGCAAACAAGAUCUGGAAGUUUCUUUGCCUAAUGGCGACGACGGAGCCACGGACGAGGUGGAUCCUGUCGCCGAGAGUUCCGUGAGUGAAUCGUCUCAGGUUGACAAGGAGGUAACAAAAUCUGUCGUUCCCCACGAGACAAAGACAGUAUCAUGUGCGACAGCCUCUCACUCCACACCCUUUUCCAACAAGACGCCACCUCUGGCUUCACCUCUGCGAAAAGAUAACUCCCCCCAAAAGUCCCCCAACACAGGAGGAGGAGGAGGAGGAGGAGGAGGAGGAGGAGGAGGAGGAGGAGAGGUUACUGCUUCCUGUAAUAUGUUUGAAACAACUAAAACGAAAGACGAUGACGUCAUUGAAAAUGCUGCUUCUCCUACGUCCCUGUCGUCUGCUUCCCCGCCCAACUUCCUGACGACACGAGCAACGUCAUCGGCGUCUGCGACAGUGACGAGGUCGCCUGCUGGCCCAGCCUCGCGAGCGGCUGCAGACGGCGUGACGGUCAAAGUGGAACCCCCGGACGACAUCAAAGUAAGUUGUUACCCUCCCCAGUCUUCUCUUCUCUUCUUCUGUUUCUAUUAAUUGUUUUAGUAGCUUUUUACAUCAACACAAUUUAAAGAAACCAGAAAGCAGGCUGCAUCAACCUUGUCUGUUAGAGCCAACCCGGGCUGAGUAGGAUUACAGUGUCAAAGCACACAGACGAAUACAUUAUUACGUAAAAUAACUUCCUCUCAUGGGAAUGUAGCUCGUGUGUUCUACGAGCAAAAUAAAAAACUAACUUGUGUUUCACGCGCUCAUAUGACCGUAUGCAGUUGCGAGCGCCGUAAAACCCCAUACUAAAGAAAGUUCUACGUGCUGCUAAAAGCGUGACCAUUACACCCCAGACACAUUUAGGUCGUUCAGUCUAUACUCCUGAUUCCAGCUCGCUUAUUCCACUUCGCCUACCAGCCUCCCCGAGUAUCUUAAAGGGGCAAUUAUUGAGUAUCUAUUAGUCUGUCUCUGUUUCUGAUCUGGCUUCAUUGUGUAAUUGUUAAGGUCUUUGGCCUUGCACGCCGCCACGAAAGUUAUUUACCCAGGCUCCAAACGCCAUAUGUGAGAUGUUGGAGAGCGCCACCUGCAUGUUCUACUUCCUUAAAGUUUCCCAGUAUUAAAUGACCAUUAUUGUGUCGACGUGCUCUCUUUACUCGAACAGACAACAAACAAACAAAAGAAAACAAACACCAGAGACUAUUUGUUUCCAAUCUUUAUUAUAGUGCUGUUGAGAUGUAUCCCAUCCUGUGCGAGUGAGUUGGAACAGACAGACAGGGUCAAAGUAACCCGCCACAUGAUUAUCCGAACAGUUUCAUCUGUUAAAAAAUGACAAGCCGCUUAGAAUACAUUAUGGACGCCACUCUCCCUAUUUCAUCUGUACAGGUUUUUGUAUCAAACCAAACUUCUUGACACUUUUGAUUCUUUUGUUUCAAGUGGAGAUCUCGUAUUCUUUAUCCAACAUUAUAGUGAACGGGGUAGACAUAUCUGUCUCACCCUAGACUUGUUUAAAAUCAUUGCUUUUUCAACGAUACUUCUUGGGUUCUUGUCUAGACACCGCUUUCUUAAUCCAACUUUUGAAAAGAGCACUGAACAUAACUAUUAUAUUUAUCUCCACUCUGGGUCCAAAAAUUAAUACAGUCUGUUAUAGUGCUACAGAUUUCAAGUACUGUGCAUUUUUAUACUGUAUCCAGUUCGAUGAGGCAAGUACUUCUGUCGCUGCUUCUUCUUUUACUGUUUAAAAUCUCUGUCUAUCAUUUUUUAAAUGCAUCCCUGUGAAAUACAAAAAUGUGGGCACAAGUCUAGUUCAAAAUGUGGACGCUGUAUUAUCAAUGUAACGAGAAAAACCAGCUUGAGGAAUAACCAGAAUAUCACAAACAAUCCUAAGGGCUAUUAUUAAUAAACUACCAAACAUCGUGACACACUCGUGGAUGGAUAGGAAGACGCUCGAACAAUAUGGCUGCCACAUUAAACAUUAUAAUUUCAACGAUAGUCUUCACAUUGCAGGCAUACUUAGUCAAUCGUUUAACUCUUGACACUGAAAUGUUUUGGUUCAGCUCGGACUGAAGUGAGUCGGCUCUGUCAAAAAGCAAAGGAGGUACUGCUAAAUCCUGCAUAUUUAAUGAAGCAAUCGAGUCUCCUCUGUUUGGCACACGGGUUUAUUUUCAAGAGGAAAGUUAAUGUACGCUUGUAGGACGGACAGCGCGAUAGGCCUAUGUCCUUGUUCGUUUCGUACCCAGAGCUUCAGCCGCACAUUUCUUUGUAAUCCUUUAACGAAAAUGGAUGCCAUUUAGGAAGGAUAGGCAUGGGAUGCACUCAUUGUACAGGGAAAGGCAAACAUUCUGAAGUACACGGAGGUGGGUGGUUGGCGGGUGCUCUGGUGUGGUUUGCUCCUUUUUUUUCUUAUCAAACAUCUAUCGUCCUUAUCUCUCCUCCUUUUUGUGUUUGUUACUCUCUUGUAACACCUCCAAUCUUAGGCACUUAUAUGACCUUAAUGUGUUUCAAAUGCCAUAAACUCUUACUAAAGCUAAGUAGUACAUGAACAAACAAGUACGGAUGAGCAUCUAAGAACUAUUUCUUGUUCUUGAAGUAUUCUUUGGACAAUUUCGGAAUAGCCCACAAUGAGCGAUGCAUUUGAACAACAGAAACAAUCUUCAUAACAAAAAAAA